CUAGUGUCCUCACAGCGAAAAUGGAGCCUUCGUCAAUGGUGCGCGUGGUGUCUUCGUCCACGGUGAAGCCGCGGCCGCGGCCACGCCACCGUAUCCCGCUCACCUCCUGGGACAUCGCCAUGAUCUCCACCGGCUACAUCCAGAGGGGCCUCCUCUUCCAUAAGCCUUCUUCGUUGCCCGCGUUCCACGUUGUCGACCACCUCGCCGCCGCACUCGGCGAUGCACUCUGCGACUACUACCCAGUCGCCGGCCGCCUCGUUACAGACCAGCACCGCGACGAGCUCGGUAACGUCGUGGGAUGCUCGGUGUCCAUCCAAUGCGACGGACAAGGAGUCGAGGUCGUCCACGCCCACGCCGACGGCGUCUCCAUCGCCGACGUGAUUCCUCACGACGCUGACGUGCCGCGCGUCGUCCAGUCAUUCUUCCCACUCGACGACGCCGUUGGCUUCGACGGCCACGAGCUCCCCCUCUUCGUCGUCCAGGUCACCGAGCUCGUCGACGGCGUCUUCGUCGGUUUUGUCUGCAACCACGUGUUGGCCGACGGCACCGCCUUGUGGGUUUUCCUCAACGACUGGGCCAGGAUCGCGCGCGCCAAGCUUAAUCUCGCGGUCCCGGUACCCGAAGGAGAAUCCCCUCUCCCCCUGACAUCGCGCCAGGCGCCCUUGCUGGAGCGUUGGUCAGCCGACGGCGGCACGGCGUCGCCGAUCGUGCUCCCAUACGCCGAGCCGUCUGAACUGAUCGAGCGGCCGGAGUCACCGCAGCUGCGCACGCGCAUGCUGCACUUCUCGGCGGAGUCACUAGAGUUACUCAAGGAGCUGGCCCGGACAGAGCUUCAUGCCGCCGGCGACACGGAGGGCGCCGCCGCUUUGACACGGUUCCAGGCUCUGAGCUCGCUGGUGUGGCGGUGUAUCACCCGCGCACGGCGCUUGGACCCAGAGCAAGAGACGACGUUCCGCGCGGCGAUCAACAACCGCGCACGGCUCCGGCCGGCGCUGCCGGCAGAGUACUUUGGCAACUGCAUCGACGCCGUGAGCACGGAGAGGCCUGUGUGCGCGUCGAUGCUGCUCGAACGCGGUAAGCACGGGUGGGCAGCGGCGGCCGUGGGACGCGCGGUGGCGGCCCACACGGACGAGGCCAUCAGGGCGCACGUGGCGGCGUGGAUGACAAAGCCGGUGGUUUACACGACGGGGUGGCAUGACCCGCACGAGACGAUGGUCGUGAGCUCGCCGCGGUUCGACAUGUAUGGAUGCGACUUCGGGUGGGGGAGACCGUUGGCGGCGCGGGGAGGCAGGGCGAACAAGAUCGACGGUUGGGUGUCACUGUACCCCGGGCAAGAUGGAGGCGACAGCAUGGACGCGGAGGUGUCGCUGACGCCGGAGCACAUGGCGGCGCUCGAGCAGGAUGAGGAGUUCUGGGCAGCCGUGUCGAAGGGCGCGCCUGCACGUACAUGAGGGGAGUUUUGAUGUUCGACCGUCAUGAACAAAUGCUCUGCUUCUUCGCCUUUUCUUGUUUCAGAUGGCCUCCUCCUCACUGCACCACCAGGAGCAGUAUCCGCCGCUGCUCUACUGGUUAUCGCCACCGUCGAGCUCAUCACAUCCUCCAAAUUCUCCGGUACUCCAAAGUACGCAGGCUCCUCUUGUUCUUUGUUGAAACUGUCCUCAGUGUUCACUAUAACCUAUUGGCGGGAGUAGCCUGAAAUUCGAUAGUUAGUUCAGUUUUUUUUCUUAGCUGAAUAAACAGCACGAGUCUAUUCGUGAUUUCGUGUCAGGUCCUAGGUUUCAGGUAGACUAGUUAUUGCUGUGUACCUUUGUU